UAUAGUUAAUCUCCAAAUCUAGAAUUAGGUUUUUCCUCUUGUGAAGAAGAAGCAGCGUUGGCGCCUCCAGAUCAAUCUUCUUCAAUUAACCUAAUUCUACUUGAAAUUGUCUCUUGAUUCCACCCUUAAAGGCUACUCCAAUGGCUUCCAACAACCUAGAAAAAGAACAGAUAUUUGGACUGGCAGAGAAGGAGAUGGAAUAUAGGGUUGAAUUGUUCAACAAGCUUACACAAACAUGUUUCAGCAAGUGUAUGGAGAGCAGGUACAAAGAAUCUGAGCUGAAUAUGGGUGAAAAUAGCUGUAUUGACCGAUGUGUCUCAAAAUACUGGCAGGUGACUAACCUGGUUGGUCAGCUGCUCGGUGCAAAUAAACCUUCACUUUAAAGAAUUUUCUCCUUAAGUUUUCCAAAUUUCCAUGGAACAACACUAUAUUGCUCUAAACAUUAUGACCUGAAUAAUAACAUGCCACUGCCCUUAUUGAAAUGCUGAAAUUUUGUUUCAGUUCUUUAUUAGACUUAUUUAUACAAGAUAUUGGUUAUAAAUAAAAUGUGAAGGAAUUGUCUUUCUU